AUGGCGGAAAACGACGAAGCGCUAGGUCCGCAGGAUAUCCACAUCUACGAGGAAACUAACAGCGAAUGGGUUCAUCGUGGGUCGGAUCUGGCUGUCAAAGAUUCGGUCGCAAAUUGGGCGAUAUUCUGCCCGAGGAAGGUUGCCGAGAAACAUGUUGACUACCAAGGCUUGUUCCAAGAGUCAUUCUGGCCGGUGAUAGACAAGGACCUCAAUGGGACAUCCCACUGCCAGUAUGAUUAUACCAGUGAGAGAGUUACGCCAAAGGAAUCGUGGAGCUGCUUCAAACUGAAGCGCGUCGACAGCGCAGAGCACUAUACCUGGAAGCAGCCCAGUCUCCACAUCACCUGGAACCACCAAACAGGAAGACAACUCGUAUACCUCCUCGACUUUCUGCCCUUUACCGAUACUCAGCAGGACAACUUCCUCAGGAACCUCCCCUGCCCUGGCGCACGGAAGCGCAAUCCUUUCGCCUGGCACGCCGCCUUCUCCCGACUCGUCCUGAAGCAGUACGAAGGCACUUACUGGAAGGACGGCCGCUCCAACAUAACUAAGAAAUCUUUCUUCCCGGACCUGCACGACCUUGCCCGGCACGCAUUCCACUACAGCGAGAUCAUCGACGUCGCCGAAAACACUCUGUCUCGGCUCAUCGAGGAGCAGAACAGGUGGCGGAAAGAAGAUGAAGCUGGGAUACAGGAGGGGGGACGUAUAGGAUACUGGUUGGAUUCGCACCAGGAGCUUCUCCUCCAGCAGAAGAAUGCGUACGCCCUCAAGGCGAAGUCAAAAUCAUUGAAUGAGAGGUUGCUGAAUGAGAUUAACUUGGCGGAUGGCGAGAGGAUGAAGACCAUCGCGUUUGUCAGUUUGGUGUAUCUUCCGGGUACAUUUGUUUCUGUAUGCCUGAUGCCCAUUUUCCUCGUUGAAUACCUUGUCCUCGAGGCAAUGCUAACUAGAAAGGGUGUCUUUGGGACAAACUUCUUCGACUUCGACGCUCCGUCAGAAGGCGGAUGGUCACAUUCGCACUUCUGGCUGUACUGGGCUGUAGCCCUUCCCUUGACGUUUGCAACAAUGGGAGUCUGGCUGGCGUGGCACCGACGGGCUGUCAUAAAGGAUGGCUGGAAUAAAUCACUGUCCUUGUUGCAGGACAAGGACAAUCCGGAUUCUGGGGAGCUUCGGAGGAAGGGAACUGAGCUGAGCAUUCUGGGGUUGGCGAGGGCAGUUACAGGGCCGAAAAGGAAAAGUGGAAAGGGGGAAGAGAGCGUAUAA